AUGCCAGGCUCAGUCUACGAUCGCCUUUGGCGCCGGGAAUGCGGGGAACUGUCGCCGUACGCCGGCAUUCGGGGCAUUUACGGAUCCAAGGAAUGGGUUAAUGACCUCGACAUUGUGAAUGAACUCGGCGGUCAUACAGGAUGUGUCAAUGCUCUCAGUUGGUCGAAAUCUGGGAAUCUUUUGGCCUCCGGCUCCGACGAUACGCACCUCAACAUCUACUCCUACCAACCCGAAUCCUCCGAUGCUCCAUUCGCUCUCAGCACCACCGUCCUCACCGGCCAUAGGGCCAACAUCUUCUCCGUCAAGUUCAUGCCGCACUCGAAUGAUGGCACUUUGAUCACCUGCGCCGGCGAUUCUCAAGUGCGCGUCUUCGAUAUUGAAUACUCAAGUGGGAACAGGAGCGAUGAUGCGACUACGGCAUUUGCUGCGUCCACUCGGAAUCGGCGCUUCAACGAAUUCUUCAUUGGCGCACGGUUUCUGAGUGAUGGCAAUACCAAUGCCAGGAUAUACAAAAGCCAUGCCGACCGCGUGAAGCGCAUAGUCACCGAGUCGUCGCCUUUCCUCUUCCUCACUUGCUCUGAGGAUGGCGAGGUACGUCAGUGGGAUUUGCGGCUACCAUCUAGUGCAUACCCUUCGCCACGGGGUGGGCAGGGCUUCAUGGCACACCGUCCAGGCCUGCAGCAUGACGAUUCCAAUGUGCCACCACCUCUCAUCUCUUACAAGCCGUAUAGCUUGGACCUCAACACGAUCUCCUGUUCUCCGAGCCAGCCGCAUUACAUUGCCUUGGGCGGAGCUCACCUCCAUUGCUUUUUGCAUGAUAGGCGGAUGCUUGGCCGGGACACUUCCGCUGCGAGUGGCAGUGCUUCUCCAAGCGCGUCAAGCCUCGAUGACGAGCAGAUGAGCAAGGCGACACGAUGCGUGCGACGAUUUGCGCCGGGGGGCAGAAAUCGCAUGAAACAUAUUGUUGAUGGACACAUUACCGCGUGUAAAAUCAGCGAUGCAAAUCCCGACGAAAUCGUUGUCAGCUGGUCUGGUGAUCACAUCUACAGUUUCGAUUUGAUUCGCACCCCAGAUUCCCGAGAGACCCGGACGGAAAACCGAGCCACACUCAAGGGCAAAAAAGGACAGGCUCGCCGCAGCUCACGGAGCCGAAAGCGGAAGCGCCAGAAGCCCGCAACACCCUCAUCGCAAGGAAGCGGUGCUCGACACCAUUCCCGCCGUCGUUCAGAGGAGCCAGACACAUUCAGAAUCGAGUAUGAGAAUGGCGAGUCAGAAGAGAUUCAAGUACCCGCCCUCUCAGAUACCGAUCGAAUGCUGGAACAGGCCAGGUAUUCUGUGCUCACUGAGGCCCAGAGGUUGAGCAUGGAUAUCGCAAAAGCUCUGGUAAAUCUUCGAAGGACCCUGUUCUCCUUAGAAAGAACAGUUCGCGAGGCUGCCCUGAAGCUCUGCUCCACGUAUCUGCCGAAGAUGGACGAGGUUAUGCGUCAGUGGAGCUAUCCCAUGAACCCGUCCCAGGAGACUGUUGCGUUCCAGCAGUCGCUUCGCCGUAAUCGGCAAUCAUCCUGGAGGUUUGUCCAAGCUGCUGGUACCCUUUCUCGUGCCUUGAUCGACCCAACGCCAGAUUCGGAAGAAACAAGCUUCCUGAUGAUCAAGCCUGCACCAGGCGAAGAAGACCCGGUUGAACCAGAAGCUUUGUUUGGCUAUGAAUUUCUACGAGCAAUUCUGCUCUGGCUUGAGGGCGGCAGGCAACGUCUUCUAGAGGGAUUCCAACGUCACAAUGCUCCUCGGAGAUUACACAGCCGGUACCCGAUACCCGAUGAAUCUGACGAAGAUGCCAUCGAAACUAUCCUUGUACCCUAUAUUAUGGAGAUGGCCCGUAACACUCCGAUCUUGAAUGUGGAUGCCAACAGAUUCGAGCAUGAUAGUACGAGGAUAUUGUUCCAGACCCAACAGGCCGCCGUAACUGCUUUCGGUAAUGCCGUGCGAUUGCCUUUGGAAGAUCUUGAUGGUGCAGCUGCCAGGUUCGACAGGCAUCGUGCUUCUAGUGCGUCCUCACAAGUCCGCUCUUUAGAUCGUGCCUCCACAAAGAGGUUUUGGAUUCUACGAGUGGGCAGAGGAUUAUUGAUGGAGGCAGGACGUGGAGUCAACUACAGCUUCGUUGACAAUGCUUUCGGUGGACUGCAGGCUAUAAUGGACGAAGGCGACAGUGGCAAUGAGGAAGAGAGUGAACAAGCUGAUAUUGAUCCCAGUGUGGAGGAGGAAAGCAUCGAACAUGUCAGGAUGUCUAGGGCGGGUAGUUCGGCAUCUAGGCAGGAUGAUUCUCAGCCUGGAAGUUCCCAAGUCGAUGGAACGUCUUCGGAAAAUAAUGAUCCUGAUACCCACGAGGACGGCAGCGAUGACAACGAGGCAGAAGACUCGACCGAUGAUGAGGACGAACACCUUGAUCAGCUUAAUGAUUUGACUUCGUCCGAGGACGAAGAUACUGAGGAGUCUGAUUCCGAUGAGAUUCUCCCCCGGAGAUAUGCCAUCCGAAAGGCGCGACAUUCAAAUGUCGAGGGCGAUGCACCUUGCGUACCUCAUAUGCGAAGCUAUCGUGGCCAUUGUAACGUCAAAACUGUCAAGGAUGUCAACUACUUCGGACUCGAUGACGAGUACGUGGUCAGUGGCAGUGAUUCUGGUCAUAUCUUCAUAUGGGAGCGCAAAACAUCAAACCUGGUUAAUAUCCUGGAGGCUGACAGUGAGGUGGUCAAUGUUGUCCAAGGUCAUCCCUACGAGCCAAUGAUCGCAGCUUCUGGAAUCGACAACACCAUCAAGAUUUUCUCCUCGGACCGGAACGCCCAAGAGGAUGCUCGCAACGGUGUGAAUAUUCUCGAUCCCGACAAUCCAUCCAACGUCCUUGGUCCAAACGCAUCUCGCGUCGGUGGUCUUGAGAGCCGCAAGCGGAUCCAUGAUAGCUACCGUAUCAUGAGCCAGAAUGACGUUGAGCGUCGUGGGGGUGUGAACGAGGCACAUAUAACUCGGGGCAUGCUCGAGCGCCUAGCUGCCAACCUGAGGGCCCGAGAGGGCGGAAUUGGGACUGGAAUCGAGGGCAUUGCCGCUGGUGGUGAAAACCAGACUAUUGUUAUCGAUGAUAAUUGCACGGUGAUGUGA